AUGCCUAUUCCUGAAGAAAGUAUGUCUGAACAAGACAUCGAAGAAGCCAUAUUAAAACGAAGCAAGUUAGCAGAAAUGUGCUAUGACUUUGACCAGGCCAGGUGGCUCCUACUUCACAUCUAUAAUAAGGAGAAAGCCGCACAAUGCCUCAAGGAAUUGGAUUCCAGUGCAGCACUGCAUGACCAAAGGGAGAAGCACCACGAAAUGGAAAGCGCAAAUGCAGAGAGUGACGGCGAUUGGGAAAAAGUGAAAUCGUCGCUGUUCCUAAUGGAAAAUAAAUGGAGAUCGGGCCGACUUCUCAAGGCGUUGGAGAGGAGACAAGCAAUACAGUACAAAUAUAACAAAGAUCUCCAAGAGGAGAUUGUAGUGCACAAUUCGUUGAUCGUGACUUGA